AUGGCGAUCAAUGAUGAAGUUUUAAAUGUGCCAAAAAUCUUGGAUGUACUUUCAAAUGAAGAAGAAUUCAUUUUUAAACCAUUUCAACAUACAAUUGCAAAUGAUAUUGGUGCAAUAGAAUGCGGAAAAAUCGUGUCAAGAAUAAAUAAAGUUCUAUUUGAUUAUCAAAUUGGUGAUAAAACAAAUCCAUCUUUAAUAGAUUCCAUAUUUACUCAAAGAAUUAUUUUAACCAUACCUGGAACUAAACAAGUGAAAGUCAAUCAAUUGGCUCUAUUCGACGAGGGUAUGUUUUUAAAAAAAAAUCUACUUUAUUAA